AUGGUUUUAUUAAUAAAUGUUAUUUGGCUUAGUUUACCAUUUGUCUGCCAUUAUUUUAUUCGUCCAUUACCAAAUACAUUAUUACGUGCCUCAAUUACAACUGUUGGAUGUUUUAUUUUAUUGAUAAUUUCAUGUAAAGACCUAUCAUUAGGCGACAUGUCAUCUGUAUUCAUGUGUACAUUGUAUUGGAUGACUUCUAUUCGUUUAAUUCAAUUAAUGGUUUUAAAUGAUCAACAACGAAACAAUCUUACGAUAAAAUAUAUUAUUUUGAAACUUCUUUGGUUUAUUUUACCUAUUACACUGAAUCCAAAUAAGUCUAGACCUAUAAGUGAAUUUUUCAUACAUGUUGGAUAUCAUCUUACAUUGGCCUUAGUAAAAAUUACAAUUUGUCAGUGGAUACACAACUGGUUAAUCAUCUGUUUAGAUAGUGUUGGUGGUGGAACUGUUGUAAACGAAAGUUAUUGGUUAACGCUUCAAUAUGUUAUCAUGUUUUAUAUUUCUAUAUGUACUGGUGUAGCCGUAAAUGAUAUUGAAAUCGUAUUAGUAUCACUUAUAAGUUUAGAUAAAUAUGAAAUAGUUCCAUUUAAUAAUUGGCCAAUAUUAUCUUCAUCACCAAGAGAAUUUUGGGGUAGAAGAUAUAAUAAAAUAAUUGGUAGAUUUUUACAUGAAACAAUCUUUAUACCAUUACAAAAGCAAGCUAGAUUAUCUGUUUCAACUGCAUCUAUGGCAAGUUUUAUAGUGAGCGGAGCAUUACAUGUUCAUAUAGAUAAAGUAGUAUUUAAUGGAUAUAUGAUAAGAACACCAGUGUAUUUUAUUCUACAAGGACUAGCAUGUAAUUUAGAAGCAUAUUUUAACAUGAAAAGAUUGCCUCAUGUCUUAUGUAUUGUUUUAACAAAUCUUUUUAUGUUGAUAACAUCUCCGCUUUAUCCAGCCCUAUUUAUUUAUGCAGGUCCUGCCUUUCAGCGAAAUAACCCACCACUAUUUAAGCCUAUUUUUCAAUUGCCAGUUCCGAAUUAUUGUCCUCGAUAA